CGGGACUGGCGGUCACUGCUCAUUAUCAUAUGAUCGUGACUAAAUACCCUAGGGUAAGUAAAAGGGUUAGCUACUCAGCCGAGUGUGCAGCUGUCGUUGCCGCUCUAGCUAUAAAGUUCACGUCCCUUCAACGCCUCCCCACUUGUUCCUUAUCUGAUUAUGAUAACCAAGAAUCCAAGCCCUUGUGUGGGGAUGUUUCCAUAGGAUCAGCGAUCGUGACUACGGCCUCUGGAAGCAUACGCAUUCCCAAAGAUGACAGGAUUAAUAAUCUGAGCGGAAGAUCGAUCGAGGUUGUGGUGGGACUAGAGCCUCCUAUUCCCUUCAGCGUCCACGAGAACUUGAUAUGCGCCUCUUCCGACUUUUUCAGAAAGGCCAUGGAAGGAGAUUGGAAAGAGUCGAAGCAACUAUUAGUAUGUCUCGAGGAUGACGACCCAGAUACAUUCCUGGUCUACCUACACUGGCUAUAUCGUGGCACGCUUCCAGUCAGAAUCGACGAGCCCGGCCCGUUAAUGAACUCCGAGUACCUUCAAUUGGCAAAGGCCUACAUAUUGGGUGAUAAAUUACAAGAUGGUGAUUUCAAGGACGUCGUUAUAGACGCGAUGAUAGAUAAAUGCAAAUCGACGGCAUCGGACGGACAUCGGUGGUUCCCGGUUGGCCCCGUUUUGAGAUGCAUGUACAAGAAUACUCCGACGUCGUCGAAGGCAAGACGCCUACUCGUGGAUAUUUAUGUUCAUCACGGACCUGGACAUUGGACAAGCGAUGGAGCGGAGCAAGACGAGAUUCCAAAGGACUUCCUUUACGAAGUCACUAUGGCUUUCAUGGACAAGAGAGACAAAAACGAGGAAGAUCCAACACAAAGGCCCACAUGUGCAUAUCAUGAACACGGCCCGGGGGAGACACGUUGCUACAAAGCACGGCUUAGGAACGGAAUUGUUACUAGAAAGGCCCAAAGUUGAAAUCAGAUUAGAUCACACAGGCCACACCGUAUGAAAUCUGCAAGUUCCAGGCGGCUUCCGGCUUGUGCCACUGCUGAAGCUCCGCUUCGCAGGCUCCCCUGCAAUGCCACCAGUAGAGAAGUAGCCGUAGCGUAAACGCGUACUAAAAUCAUGUAUUAUUUCACGAUAUGAUAAUUCCCUUUCGCUUCGAAGUUAAAGUACUGGAUAUGUCAUUCGCGGAGGAUAGCAGGAAUAAAAAGAGAGAUUGGUGAAAUAUGAGCUACAGUGAUGAGAG